CCAUGUGCCGGCCAGCGCUCGCCCGGCUGCUGCUCCUCCAGCUGCUGCUGCUCAAGCUGCACCUCGGCAAAGGCGCCGUCAAGGAGUGCGAGGAGAACCAGUUCCAGUGCCGGAACGAGCGGUGCAUCCCCGCCAUCUGGAAAUGCGACGAGGACGACGACUGCUCGGAUAACAGUGACGAGGCAGAUUGCCCAAAGAAAACUUGUGCUGAGUCAGAUUUCACUUGUGACAAUGGACACUGCAUCCCAGCCAGGUGGAAAUGUGAUGGGGAAGAAGAAUGUCCCGACGGGUCGGAUGAAUCAGAAGCAGCCUGCACCAAACAAGUGUGUCCAUCUGAAAAAAUAAGCUGUGGAGACUUAAGCAACAAGUGCAUCCCAUUGUCCUGGAGAUGUGAUGGGCAGAAGGACUGUGAAAGUGGAAUUGAUGAGGCUGGUUGCACUCCUGCCUGUUCUCCCAACGAGUUCCAGUGCAGUAACAAGUCGUGCAUCUCCAUCAUCUUCGUGUGUGACGGCGACAACGACUGCGGGGAUGGCAGCGAUGAAAGGAAGUGCUCCCCUCUGACCUGCAACCCCAGCGAGUUCCAGUGCAACAACAGCGUGUGCAUCCCGGAGCUGUGGGUGUGCGACAACCAGCCCGACUGCGAGGAUCAGUCGGACGAGUCCAUGGAGAAGUGCGGCUACGACGCCAAGGCGCUCAACACGUGCGCGGCCCACGAGUUCCAGUGCGGGAACGGCGAGUGCAUCCACCUCAACUGGAAGUGUGACGGGGACGAGGACUGCAAGGACAAGUCUGAUGAGCAGGACUGCCCUCUGGUGACCUGCCAGCCAGAUGAAUUUCAGUGCGGCGAUGGGACCUGUAUCCAUGGAGCAAAGCAGUGUGACAAGGUGCACGACUGUCCUGACGACAGCGACGAGGCCGGCUGUGUCCAAGGUGUUAAUGAAUGCUCGAUGAACAACGGUGGCUGCUCACACAUAUGCAAAGAUUUGAAGAUCGGUUACGAGUGCGAAUGCCCGCCUGGAUACAAGCUUCUGGAUAAAAAAACGUGUGGAGACAUAGAUGAAUGUGAGAAUCCAGACGCUUGUAGCCAGAUCUGCAUUAAUUACAAGGGAGACUACAAAUGUGAGUGCUACGAAGGAUACGAGAUGGACACCCUGUCCAAGAACUGCAAAGCUGUAGGCAAGAGCCCGUACCUGAUCUUCACCAAUCGCCACGAGGUCCGUAAAAUAGACCUGGUGAAAAGGGACUAUUCCCGUAUCAUUCCCAUGCUGAAGAACGUGGUGGCGCUGGAUGUGGAGGUGUCAACAAACAGAAUAUAUUGGUGUGACUUGUUCUACCGAAAAAUCUACAGCGCCUACAUCGACAAAGCCAGCGACACGGCCGAGCAGGUGAUCCUCAUCGACAGCCAGCUCAACUCCCCCGAGGGACUGGCCAUCGACUGGGUCCAUAAGAACAUCUACUGGACAGACUCUGGAAACAAGACCAUCUCAGUGGCCACUGCAGAUGGAAGCAGGAGGAGGACACUUUUCAACAGUGACCUCAGUGAGCCCAGAGCCAUCGCUGUGGAUCCCACACAGAGGUUCAUGUACUGGUCUGACUGGGGAGACAAAGCCAAGAUCGAGAAGGCCGGUCUGAACGGCGUGGGGCGGCGGGUGCUGGUCACCGACAACAUCGAGUGGCCAAACGGCAUCACCCUUGAUUUGCUGAAUCAGCGUCUCUACUGGGUAGACUCCAAAUUGCAUUCACUGUCCUGCAUUGAUUUCAAUGGCAGCAACAGAAAAGUUCUGAUCUCCUCUGUGGAUGAUCUGAGCCAUCCUUUUGGCUUGGCAGUGUUUGAGGACAGAGUGUUCUGGACUGACCUGGAGAACGAGGCGAUCUUCAGUGCAAACAGGCUCAAUGGCUUGGACAUCUCCAUUCUGGCAGAGAAUCUCAAUAACCCUCAUGACAUCGUGGUGUUCCAUGAAUUAAAGCAGCCCAAAGCUCCAGAUUUCUGUGAGCUCAGCCCCCAGCCAAAUGGAGGCUGUGACUACUUGUGUCUUCCUGCACCUCAGAUCUCGCCCCAUUCCCCCAAGUACACUUGUGCCUGUCCUGACAAUAUGUGGCUGGGUCCUGACAUGAAAAAAUGCUACAAAGAUCUUCCAACCACUGCAACUCCUGUAGUGGUUUCCACAAGCACAGCGUCCCGUGCUGACGGCACCACGACCAUCGCUGCUGUACCUGGCAGUGCCAAUGACACCACUGAAGUCGUCCCCAAAGCUGUACCAGAAGCUACAAUCACCACCCCAAGUCUUAAUUUACUUUCCACCACAUCCAUCCUGAUAGACUCUGAGAUGACCACUGGAAACAGCAAUUUAUCACAGCACUAUGCAAAUGAUGAUGAAGGCUUCGGUUCAACUGUGACAGCAGCUGUGAUUGGGAUUGUCAUUCCUGUGGUGGUCAUUGGCUUGCUGUGCAUGGGGGGAUACCUCAUCUGGAGAAACUGGAAGCGGAAGAAUACUAAAAGCAUGAAUUUUGAUAAUCCAGUUUAUAGGAAGACAACAGAAGAGGAAGAUGAAGAUGAAAUCCACAUUGGGCGAACUGCCCAAAUUGGACACGUGUACCCUGCACGUGUAGCAUUAAGCUUAGAAGAUGAUGGGUUGCCGUGAGGAUGAAGAUGCUGCUCCAAUCAUCUGAACACUGAACAAAUCUGCUUUGGAUCACAGAACCUGCUUCUUCUUUUUGGUCAUUAUUUAUGUUGCAGAAGGGUAACCACAAAGUUAUAAUGAACUGCAAACAUCCAAAGGAUGUGAGAGUUUUGUAUGUAUAAUCUUUUAUACACAUUUUAACUUGUUGCACUACCCAUUUGUGAUAGUGAAUAAGCAACAGCUGAGCUACUAACUCAAUGUACAUAACCAGCCAGGCUGAAGGUUCAGUAGCUAUUGCUUUAUUUUAAGACUAUAUUUAUAGAUAUUUUGUAAAUAUGUUGAAUAUGCUUUGUGGCUAUCCAUCAACAUAAGUAAAAUAAAUUCUGUACAGACAGUUUAGAAAUAUUUAUUAACAAAAUCUGGAUUAUAAGAUCUGUUCUGUAAAUACAGUAGAGGGGUGAGAGUAUUUAUUUUUUGUAUGUUUGGCUUGCUGUGCAUAGAUUAUCUGUGUAUAUAUCUAUCUGGAUGAGAUAGAUAUAUAGGCAUAUAAAUAUAUACAUAUAUAUAAAUAUAUAUACAUAUAUUUUAAAACUACUAGCCUACAUUUAUGAAAAUUAGGAAUAAUUGAAUUUUUACAGGAUGUUUGAGAAGUUUGCUUUGAAAUCUAAAGACACAAUGUAAGAAAGAGCUGUAGUGUAAGAUAGCUGACCAGUGAAGCACUCCAUAACAAACAGCUCCUGAUUUCCAUCCUGGCCCUUAAGGGCUGCUUUUACAUUUUCCAGUCUAUCCAUGAAGAAUCCAUGCAGUGCAUUAAACUGGAGAGCUACUGUCUACAGCAUUUCAGUCAGGAGAAACUCCUACAGCACCCAGGGUUUUUGUCCUGUUUUGUUGCAUUUUUACAGUUUGGUACAAAUCUGAUUUGGUUUUUGUUCAUUUGUUUCUAAAUGUAAAUUUAAAUGCUUUUCCACACUGAGGAUCUUGAAUCUCUUAAAUCGGCUCAGAAUUAACAGAAACAAAGAUUCAGCCAUAUAUUUCCACACUCCCAAGUGAGCACUCUCCCUGAUUCAUCAGGAAAACAGCACAAUAACAAAAGUCACUUCCUUCCCUCCUUGCCCUUGUCCUCUGCUCAUAUUGAUAAAAAAACCCCCCAAUUUUAGGAGCUGCUGUGGCACACACAGAACUCAUCCCAAGUCCUGCCCAUGGAACAAGCUGCCCCUUGGCAGGUCUCCCAGAGCAUUGGGCAAGGAGGCCAGGGCAGGUUAAAAAAACCAGCCUUUCCAGGGUCUUUGGCUGGGUCAUCCUGCACCUGGCAAGAAAAACACUUGGUUUUUCUCAUCUUAUUCUAUAGGAUUUCCUCGGAGUUCUGUGGGAAGUGAAUACACUUACCUCCCACUGCAUAAUGGACUAGUACCUCCCUGAACUGUACCAAAUCCUAGAGAAAUCUUCCUCAUGUUUUUAUGUCAGUCCAAGCUUUUGUAUUUGAGUGAGUAGAAGAAACUCAGGCUGAAUAGGUUUAGGGUUUUUUUUCCUUUUUUUUUUCUCCUUUCUUUUAGAAUAAAUUUACAGAGUAAUGUGAGCUGGAAGCUGAUUCUUGACUAAGAUAAGAAAGAAAGUGUUUAAAGCCCUGGUAUGCAUUACAUACAUAAUACAUACUCUCAAAUGCCUCAUGGCCUGCAUAGACAAUACAGAAGUAAUCAAGCAUCCUUCUAUUCCAAAUUUUAGAUUUUAAGGCAGUGACAACAUGAGUGAGAUAUCCCAUUAUUGUUUUAAGGUAUGAAGCUCUCUUUCUAUAAAUUCAUGCACUGUGUGCAUGAAGAAAAAAGCUGAGAAAGGCUUUAUGUGAUAACACUGUAACUAACAGACGAAUGUAAAUAUAUAAGAAAGUUCUACAGUUUUGAUACUUUUUUAAGAACACACAAACAAACCUGUACAAACCACGUAUAAAAGGCUGCAGGUUUAUUCAAACCAUUGUAAAUUAACUCAAUGUGCAGUGCUGAUUUCAACCUUUACAGAUUUAUAACUACUGAGAAGUCAAACACCAAAUUUGUUUUUUAAGAAGUUAAUUAUUUUAAAUAAUGGUUCAGAUUGGUAGGGUGAUAUUUAACAUUGUAAUAAUUUCUGCUCUGUCUUGUCAUACUGAAGUUCUGUUAGAGUAAGUUCUUGCUUGGUGCCUUUUGUGUUUCAGUUCUUACCUUCCAGACAAAAGGCCCAGGGAGGGGCGGGGGGCUCUGUGUAACACUUGCUGUACUGGAAACCAAAUGAACACGUUUGUAAAACAGUGCACUGUUUCUAUAGAAAGAUUAAAUUUUUUUAUCUGGGA